CGCUGCAUGGUUUAAAACCCGAGAUGUGACUGGCUGACUGGAUACGCGGUUACACGUAAUAUUGAGAGUUGUUGGCUUAUAGCUGAGCCAGCUGGUCCCUGUUAACGUGCUCGGAAGAUGAAAAAAAUCCUAAACACGAAUAGACGCCUCACAUAUAAUAGGUCAUUAUGCGACAUCGUGGCGGAAGUUACCUAUGCCAGCAACGGAGUUUACAUGUCGCGAAUCCCCUUAGUCUAACUCCCUUCUCUCGCGCUCCCUUGAAACCUAAGACCGCGAGUCUUUGAGCACUUCGGACGGACUUGUCAGGUAGCUAAUCACUCGCCUCCGUUGAAACCCGAUGAACGUAGGACAAGCCGAAACAUUUUUGUACCACAUCUUCCGCUAAACCCUUUCUAUGAUGAGGUCCUCUACCAAAGCACCUAGAACAUUUAAACACCCGGGGUGAUCUCGUGAUGGCUUUAAAGAAAACCAGUAUCCGUUCUUCCAUCUCGGCUAUCUUCUGCAAUCCUUUCCGCAGCAUCACACAUCGCAAAUCGUACCAUCUCAACAAAAUGUCUUCGACUUCUACUACUGUCUUCAGGCCCAGGGCCGUUACAGGCUUCGGGCUUAUGGGCAUGACUUGGCGUCCUGUGCACACGCCCGACGAGCAGGCCUUCGCCACCAUGAAAGCUGCUAUUGCUCAGGGCGCCACAUUCUGGUCUACCGGUGAUUACUAUGGUAUGCCUGAGCCAACAGCCGGCUUAGCACUGGUGCGCCGCUACUUCGAAGCUUACCCGGAGGAUGCGAGCAAGGUCACCCUAUUCAUCAAGUGCUGCGUCGACUCCAAGACCAUGGCACCAAAGAACAAGCGCGAGGAAGUACUUGCCAGCGCCGAGAACUGCUUCAAGGUCAUCGGUAGCGCUAAGAAGAUAGAUAUCCUCGGCCCGGCCCGUAUGGAUCCCAGCGUGCCGCUAGAAGAGACGCUAGGAGCUUUCAAGGAGCUCGUAGAUGCCGGCAAGAUUAACGGCGUGGGAAUUAGCGAGGCCAGCGCCCAGACGAUCGAGAAAGCGAACUCCAUCUACCCGCUAAGCCUGGUGGAAAUCGAGUUCUCCCUUUGGACCCCCGACAUCCUGACGAAUGGCGUGGCGGCUACAGCUAAGCGCCUCGAUGUUCCCCUCGUUGCUUAUUCCCCGCUAGGCCGUGGCUUCUUGACCGGACAAAUCAAAUCCGUCGAUGACAUCCCCGAGGGAGACAUUCGUCGCCGCUUUGACCGCUUUCAACCCGAAAACUUCAACAAGAACCUCGAGCUUGUGGAUAAGCUGAAAUCCUUCGCUGAGAAGGCUGGUGUCACACCAGCUCAGCUCGCGUUGGCUUGGAUUCGCUCCACCGCUAACUCCCCGCAAGCCGGUACCAUCAUUCCUAUCCCCGGCGCUACGAGGGUCGAGCGUGUCGAGGAGAACUCCAAGGCCGUUGUUCUGUCCCCGGAAAACAAGGCUCAACUCGAUGCGAUCCUCUCAUCUUUCACGAUCCAGGGUGGCAGAUAUAACAAGGUGCUCGAGGGUCUACUUUGGCGUUAAAGUGUUCUCCGAAUCAUGAAUUAUAUGUUAUCGUGCUAGGUAUAUGGAGAUACAUGGCGGCUGGAUAGUAAAUAGAAAGCAACAUUUUUAGGUACCACAUCAUGUCGUCUUAGAUUAGAUACGCGUAAAAAUGACAUUACAUGUAUGCACUGCCCAUUGAGUACCUAAAGCUGAAUUAGAUACUUCAACUCUACGUAGUGCUUGUUUUUGAGUCUAACGAGAUACCUAUCAAGGAAGGGUUUAAUGAUAUGAAGCAGUUUUAGGACUUUAACGACUCCAAUACAUAGGAGGUAGGUACCUAA